AUGAGUCUUUUUAAUUCGUGUGAAUCUUGUGAGAUUCACAAUUCGUAUAACAGUUCCGACUACAAAAACGAAAACCAUUUUGAAUCAAAGGUAAGGGAUUCUGAAUCUCGACAGAAUUUUGUCCGGACACUUUCCGUCGUAUAACAUAAUACGGGCUGUUUUAGGAGAAAUCUACAGAAAACGUAAAACAACGAGCAGGAGUAAUAUUUGUAGUGGUUCUACUGAUUCUACUGGUCGCUUCUGGAGUGUUUUACACUGUGGCCGGAAAAAGUAAGGGUUUAGCAUUUUUAGGUAACAAGAUUUUUUAAAAUUGGCAAAAAAUACGUUUAAAAAUAGUAAAUAGUGGUUUUUUCAGUCACUAAAGGUAAUUUGACAUUGUACACACAAAAUCAAACCAAAUAUGUCAUACCAAUCAUCUCUACUCUAAACGAAGGUACUAAUCAUAUCAAGAACAAGAUACAUUACGAUGAAUACUUGGCUACAUUCAAGAAAACUAGUCCUGUCCAGGUCAUUUGGACGUCUGACGCCACUUUUGUGUACACUGAUUCCUCUGGAGAUCUGAUAGUGAGUACUUAUCAAUUUCAUAAUAUUAAAUCUGUUUUUAUUGUAAACAUGUCGUUGUAGAAGUUUACCGUGCUACACAAUGGAACGGUGGUGAAGCCGGAAAUGUUCUUGAUGAAGAAGCAGCUGGACGACGAUGUUCCUGUGUUUAAUGUAGGAGCAUCAUAUGUUGCACUAACGAAGAAGAUCGACAGAACACCGUUCCAUCAGUUUACCGUCAGAGUAUCUUCAGUUCAAGAUAAUAACGUCGGGUCAGAGAUAGUUUUAUAUUCUAAUUAAUGAAGGACUUAAUGGCUGUAGAGUCAGGGGGCUUUUGUGGCUGCUAAACUUCGGUAAUGUUUAAUAUUAUGAUGUUUCAGAGUCUUCUUCAACGUUGGAGUUCGCAAUUCGCUGGAUCCAGUACAACACUUCGAAUGGUCGCCAGUUCAUGGAGCUUCGGACUUUGUGUUUGUAUACCUGAAUAACUUGUACUACCAGCCUGACAUCAAUCAGAAGGACGGAAUGUUACAACUGAGUGACAGCAGCUCUCCCUUUCUGUCACAUGGAAUACCGGACUUUAUGUCAUCAGGUACGUGAAAUCGUUAGUAACGUCAUGUAUAAUAUAAGGUCAUUGUAUAGACUUUAGUUUCUGUUUUAUUUAUUUUUGGCUAUUUUUAGUGUACAUAUAUGGCAACAAGAAACCUAUCUGGUGGUCUCCAUCAGGUCGAUUCAUCGCUUACGCUUCCUUUGAUGUUAGGAAUGUCACUCGUACCUCGGUAUCUUACUACAGAGACGACAUCUCACAGCCAUAGUAAGAGUUUUAAACUUUUUAUAUGGUGUAAUAAUGUCUGUAUUGCAUUGUGCAUUAGUAUUGUAAACUUCAAAAUAACCAUCGUAUAUUAGUAUUACCAUAGUAAGCUUUACAGUAUGCAUCCUUUACCGUGCCCACGAGCAGGAGACUCAGAGUUGCCAGAUGUAAUGUUAUGGAUAUGGGACAAAGUGGAGCAGACGAAGCAGUUUGCGAUGCCCUCCGAGAGAUUCUUCAAUGAUGGACCUACCUCGUACGUUUAUUAUCUUGAAUCUUUACUGUUACAGUAACUUGCAUUUUUACAGUGUAAUGGUGUUAAAGCUUACCACAGAAUUAACGAAAUAAAAUAUUAUGAGCACGUUACUGGUGUUGGUCUUACACUUUUGUUUUCAUUGUUUUUUUUGUUAUUUCCGCGUUAUGUUCUAGCACGUCAUGUGUAAUAUAACUCCGUGUUUAAGUCUCAAGUACCUGGUUUGGUCCCAGUGGUUCACAAAUGAACAGUUUGGCGAGUUUUUACUGAACAUUUGGACAAAUCGGAUCCAGAAUUUUGUCGCGGCGAUGAUCUGUAUGCUGAAUGAACCUUGUUUCCGGGUAAUAAUAACAUCUGAUACCUAACAUUACUUUACAGUUCUUCAAGUUCAAGUACUCAGUAAGUGGGAAACAGUUGUGGUUGGACCCACGGAAACAUUUCCAAUUGAAAUUUGCGACAAAAACCGGCUUUUUCUUGGUCUUACCACGACAACAUUCGAAUGGAGAGAUAUACGACAGCAUUGCCUUUAUUGACAUUGUAAGUUACUUCAGUUACUGCAACUGAGUAUUGUGAUAUCUUAUUAUACCUAAGGUUUUUAGAGUCAGGUACAAGUUGGGAGACCUCGCUACAGCGUCAAGUUUCACAGUGGAGCGUUUGAUGUGGAUGAGAUUGUAGGAUACGACGCUGAGCAAGAUGAUCUGUCGGUUUUAAUUUGUUAUGUUAUCGACAAUCCAGGAUUAGGAGAAGUUAUUUCUAUUUCAGGUUCUUCACGGCACAAGGUGGCUUCAUAGGCGAGAUGCAUCUGUUCAGAGUACCAACAGCGUCUGGUGCCAAUGGAAUAGUACCACAAUGUAUUACAUGUCCCGUAGAGGAUUGUAAGUACACUUCUGUCAUCUUCUCGCCCAACUCUAGGAAGAUGGUAUUGAAUUGUGAAAAGGCCUUCAAAGCCAGUGUUAUGAUUGUGAAGACGACCGACGAGAUUCAGAAAAGUAAUAUUGAUAAGGACAGUAUGAUAAGAUCAGUUUAAGGUGUUAAGGUCAAGUACACGGACACUGAACUCCCAGUUGUUGGUGAACAGCCUACAAUAAGAUACGAAGUCAUCAAGCUGCCUAAUGGAAUGUGUAGGUUUUGUAUCAUAUUGUGUUAGUUUACUCAAAGGUCUUUUUGUGAAAUACUUAAAACUUACAGUAGCCUACGUGCAAUUAACCCUACCUCCUCACUUUGACUCCGAACUUGUGUAUCCAGUUAUCUUUGACAUGGAGGGUGAUAUUGGCAUGAAUAAUGUGUGGAAACGAACUCCACACCCUUACUUGUUGUUCUUGUCGGUCACUUAUCAUGUUAUCAUUGUCAAGAUAGAUGCUCGAGGAUCUUCUUUACGAGGAUGGCGACUAAAGAGUUCAGUGUUACAUGACGUUGGAGGGCCUGAUGCUGACGACAAAUUGGAAUGCUUAGGGUAUACGUUUGUCAGCAUUUUGAAUUUUUUGAUACUGUGAUGCUAACUGUUUAAUCAUACUGUAAUUUGUGGUGCUUAAGGGUUUUAAUUGAUUUUAGAAGGUUGAUGAAACGAUUACAUUACAUGGAUGCUACAAGAGUUACUGUGUCUGGCAGAGGUUACGGUGGUUUUAUAGCGCUCCAAAUGGCAGUCAAGGACGGGGGGUCAAUGGUAAAAUGUCUGGCGUUAAGAUCACCGAUCACUGACUUCAGAUUUCAAAGUAAUUUUAAUUUUUAAAAAUUUUACAUUGUAAUACAGGUGCUGCAUAUGCGGAAAGAUACCUACAUCUACCGAGCGACAAUGAAGAAGGGUAUGAGACAGCGUCGCUUAUCACUAGAAACAAGGUGGAUUCUAUCAAAGACAUUAAGAUCUUCCUGGCACACGGAGGGGCUGAUCAACAUGUACAAUAUCAGAACUCGGCACUGCUGGCUGCGAAACUUCAGAAGAUGAACGUCCAUUUCCAUCAAGUUGUAGGUAUUUAAUGUUCUGUUGAGGCGUUACUUUUGUGUUUUAUACAUAGGUUCUUUACAUUAUGACUAUCGGUGUCUUGGUCACUACUGUAAUACCUGCGUUCAGGUGUACCCUAGUGAAGGCUACGAACUAGAUGGUGUGUUACCCCAUUUCUACAGCGAACACGAGAACUUUCUGGCGUCUGAAUGUUUGGUUUAA